CAACGGCAUACGCUCUAGUCGCUUACUAUUGGACAAGAUAAAGUCACUACCUAUUAUUCACUGCAAUAAACAUGACAGAGAUCAAACCAUUCCGUGUUGAUAUUCCUAAGGAAGAAGUUGAACGCCUCAAGAGAAAGCUCCAAGAUACACGUCUCCCCGGACGCCCGAUCGUGCCCAAUGCAGGGACUAGCUAUGGCCCAACAUACCAGUGGGCAGAAAGCCUGUAUAACGAAUGGGUCAAUAAAUAUGACUGGUACUCCGUCCAGAAGGAGAUGAACGAGGUCCCCCACUACAUCACUGCCAUUGAGGAUAUCAACAUACACUUUGUGCACACUCGUGCAGAAAAUACCGAUGCCAUUCCUCUACUCAUGAUCCACGGAUGGCCAGGCUCUUUCUGGGAGUUCAGUCAGAUCUGGGACCGCUUAUCCCGUCCAUCCAAUAUGAAAGAUCUCUCAUUCCAUGUUGUGGUCCCGAGCAUGCCUGGAUUCUGUUGGUCUGACUGGCCGCCUCGAGCCGGGUGGACGCUGCGUGAUACUGCUCGGAUCUUCGACACACUCAUGAAGAGACUCGGCUAUAAGCAAUACAUGGUUCAGUGCGGAGACUGGGGUCAUUUUGUUGGACGUGAACUGGCUUCCCAAUACACUGAUUCCUGCCGACUGAUUCACUGCAACUUUUCCCCAAGCUCUCUUCCAGAUGGUGUCGAAUACACCGAGAGAGAGAAAGCUGUUGCAGAUCGUGGAAAUGGCUGGCUAGAAAAUCAUAUGGGUUAUGCAGUUUGCAUGCGGACUCGCCCACAUACGAUCGGAAUAGCACUUCAUGACAAUCCGGUGGGGAUACUUAUGUGGGUUGGAGAGAAGUACAAUGAGGCUGCCGAUCCAAAAACACAGGAACGACCAUUUUGGACAAAAGCCAUUCUGACUACGGCAUCAUUAUACUAUUUCACCGGCUGUAUCAUGCCUUCGAUGCUCUGCUACUAUGAAAGUGUCCGUCAUGAAAAGUUUGCAGAGUUUGCCUUAAGACCGGAGAACCGUAUCACCGUACCGUUUGGGUAUACCUCAUUCUACUGGGAUACUGAGCCUUCUUCGCGGAGAGCUGUGGAGCGAACGGGGAACUUAGUGUUCUACAGAGAACGUGAUAACGGCGGGCAUUUUGCGGCCCUCGAGAGUCCAGAGGGAUUGGCGCAGGAUAUUCGAGAGCUGGCAGGGCAGGAAUGGACUAAAUAUGAGUAGCAUCCUCAGAUACAGCUACCCAGGAAUCAUUUCCUGAGUUGAAUGUUCUAUAAACGGAUUCCUGGGGACCCUUUGGCCUCGGAAAUCAGUGGGCCUGUUUUCGAU